AUGCUCUUACAAGAACUUGGAGGUAGUGCAAUACCUUCCACUAUCCAUGACAAAGUGAAGAAACAAAAUAAUGAGAGGCAAGCAAGCCCUGACUUGCGAAUCUUUAGCUUUGAAAGCAUUUCUCUUGCUACAAAUUCUAUUAGAAAUUCUUUAUUAAAUUGGAAAAAACGCUUCAACAUCAUUGAAGGCAUUGCUCAAGGACUUGUUUAUCUUCACAAAUAUUCAAGACUAAGAGUAAUUCAUAGAGACUUAAAAGCAAGCAACAUUUUGCUUGACGAGGAGAUGAAUCCAAAAAUUUCGGACUUUGGCAUGGCUAGAAUAUUUGGGUUGAAAGGAUCAGAAGAAAACACAAAUAGAAUUGUCGGAACAUAUGGUUAUAUGUCUCCAGAGUAUGCCAUGAAUGGUGUUGUUUCAAUAAAAACUGAUGUAUUCAGCUAUGGAGUCCUACUAUUAGAAAUCGUGAGCAGCAAGAAAAAUAAUAGUCUCUAUCACUUUGAGUCUCCACUUAACCUUAUAGGAUAUGCAUGGCAAUUAUGGAAUGAAGGUAGGGGUUUAGAGCUGAUAGACCCAACAAUAUUAGAUGAAUCAUGCCCUCAUUCAGAAGUAUUGAGAUACAUUCAUGUUGGUCUUUUAUGCGUGCAAGACCAGGCAUCUGAUAGACCUGCCAUGCUAGAUGUUGUUACUAUGCUUUCAAAUGAAACUCACCAACUAUUUCCUCCAAAACAACCUGCAUUUUUUAUCAACACAGUUCAGGAAGAAUCGUCAGAUGUUUCUAAAAUUAAGCCAAGAAAAUGUUCCAUAUAUAAUGUCACGAUUUCAGAGAUGGAAGCCAGAUAA